GAACGUCCCGAGGAUGACGUGCGGCGUUCUCGAAUCCCGUGUCUCGCUCGCUCGCUCGCCGCCGCCGCCGCCGAAGGAAACGGGAAAAGCAAGCAGGCGCGGCGCCAUGGCGGCCCUGGAGCGGCCCGUGCCCAGUCCCGAGGCGUUCCUGGGCCAGCCCUGGGCCGCCUGGGUGCGGGAGGCCGCCCCCCCGCACGCGCACGGCGCCGCCCCCCCGCACAGUGUAGAUCUAGAAGAGACUGGAAAGGAGGGUGGAAAAAGCAGGGAGGUUAUGAGGCUUAAUAAAGAAGAUAUGCACUUAUUUGGCCAUUAUCCAGCUCAUGAUGAUUUCUAUCUUGUAGUGUGCAAUAUCUGCAAUCAGGUAGUCAAGCCACAGGUUUUCCAGUCACAUUGCGAACGAAGACACGGUUCAAUGUGUAAACCUUCCCCUUCUCCAGCUUCUCCAGCCUGCAAUUCCAGGACAUCCCUAGUACAGAUGAAACCGAAAUCCUGUAUCAGCGGCCAUAACCCUGUCAGCAGCAACUCAAAGCCAUUCAAAACGCCCAAAGACAAUCUACUUACCUCCAGUAGCAAACAGCACACAGUCUUUCCUUCAAAAGUAUCACGGGAUAAACCAUGCGUUCCUGUUCCAGUAGUCAGUCUAGAGAAAAUUCCUAACCUAGUGAAGGCCGAUGGUGCCAAUGUUAAAAUGAACUCUGCAACCACUACCACCGUCACCUCCUCUUCAGCCUCUUCAUCCACCAUACCUGCUCCAACUUUGGUUAAAUCUGGUUUGACAUCCAAGUCAGUGCCGCCGUCACCAGAAAAGAUUCUGAACGGCAAAGGAAUUAUAGCUCCAUCAAUAGACAAGAAACACCAAAAUGGCACUAAAAGCAGUAACAAGCCUUAUAAAAGACUUUCAGAAAGAGAAUUUGACCCAAAUAAACACUGUGGAGUACUGGAUCCUGAAACAAAGAAACCUUGCACAAGAUCGCUCACCUGCAAGACUCAUUCACUUAAUCAUCGACGAGCAGUUCCAGGCCGUAAAAAACAGUUUGACAUCCUUCUAGCUGAACACAAAGCUCGAUCCAGGGAAAAAGAAGUUGCAAAAGACAAAGAGCAUCCACCAUCUGCAAGAGAAAGCUAUCAGAGCCAGCCCACACCAGCACAAGACUCUCUGUCAGGAUCUUCAGUGACCUCUGGGCAAGAAUCUAAAGUAACAUCUCCUGCAAAAUCUAGACCACCAAAUUCUGUACUUCCAAGACCAUCAUCUGCAAAUAGCAUAAACAGCAACAGUUCUUCAAACCACAGUGGAUAUAUACCAGAGCUGCCACUGCCUUCCAUGGGAGGAGAUUUAACGAGCAGAUUGUCCAGUGAUGAAGGAGAAGCGGAUGGAGCUGAAGAACCUGAGAAAUUAGACUGUCAUUUUUCUGGACACCAUCCCAGACCUCUUGGGUUUUGUUCGUAUGGCAGUCGCUUAAUGGGAAGAGGGUACUAUGUCUUUGACAGAAGAUGGGACCAUUUUCGAUUCGCACUAAACUCCAUGGUAGAAAAACACUUGAACUCACAGAUGUGGAAGAAAAUUCCUCCUGCGGCAGAUAGUCCCAUGCCUUCUCCAGCAGCACACGUCUCCACUCCUUUUCCAGCAUCAGUCUUACAGCCUUUCAGCAACCCCAGUGCGGUGUAUAUUCCUUCAACGCCGAUCAGCUCAAGAAUCACUUCUUCUUCUUACAUAAUGACAUCAGCCAUGUUAUCAAACGCAGCCUUUGUGACAACAUCAGAUACAAAUUCCAUUAUGUCACAUACUACAACUUUUCCUCAUGUGGCUGCAAGCUUAAGCAUCAUGGACUCAACUUUUAAGGCGCCAUCAGCUGUGUCACCAGUGCCAGCAGUCAUCCCUUCCCCAUCCCACAAGCCAUCCAAAACAAAAACCAGCAAAUCCUCAAAAGUGAAAGACCUGUCAUCUCGGAGUGAUGACUCUUCAAGUAACAAAAAGAAAAAGCCGCAGUCGUCGUCGUCAUCAUCGUCCUCAUUAUCUUUGCAGACAUCUUCAUCGUCUUCAUUUUCAGGGUCCCACAAAAAGAACUGUGUCCUGAACCCCAGUUCAACUUUGAACUCCUAUCAGGCUACAUCUUCCUAUAACAGUAUGUCUGUGCACAAUACAAAUAACGGAACAAGCCCACUCAGUGCCAAAUCGGAGCCCUCAGGACGGACUUCAUUAUCCAGUAGUUCAACAGACUCAGUGAAACACAUGAGCAUGGUAGUAAGCAGUAUUGACUCUUCUAAUCUGUCUGUAUCUUCUCUUGUGCACCACUCGGGGGAUCACUCCCUGGGAGCACAUAACACAGUGUCUUCUUUACCCCUUUCGUUCGACAAAUCAGAAGGAAAAAAACGUAAAAACUCUAGUUCUAGUAGCAAAGCCUGUAAAAUCACUAAAAUGCCUGGUAUGAAUAGUGUUCAUAGAAAGAGCACUGCCAACCUUAUUUCUGCGGUGCCAGAUCCUACAAGCAGCUCCAUCUCUCGGCAGAUUGGAAAAAAUAGCAGUGUAGCUUUGUCCCAAUCCAGUCCUUCGAGUACAUCAAACCCCGUACACAACAGACAAAAGACAUCAAACCGGACUGGUAGAAUAAGGACUCUUCCAUAGCAAGGAAAAGGAACCAGCCUAUAAUCUCUAGCUCUCAGCAGCCCUACUCCACAGGGUUUUUCUUUUCUAUGUCCUGCAGAUGGAUUUAACCUUUUAUG